GGUCGAACCACCAUGGAGUAACCAGCCACCCGACACACGCACCGAGUUCAAGAGUUCAAAAGCGUUAGUGUACUUCAAUAACAGGGGAGUGGAAAUAUUCUUUUUCGGGGGGGCAGGGGAGUGUCAUUUCAUUCAGCCACUUCUCUUUCGUUCGGCACGAAAGUCGCGCGCCGGUGUGUUUACUUUUGGCCACUUGUUCACUGCGCGUCGGUCAAUUAACGGGAGUGACGCGGCCGUUCACAGGAUGCGCACGUGCUGCAUGUGAGACGCGGAUACGACUGCGCAGAGUUGCAGAAAAGGACGUAGUGAAAGCGAACCAAGACCACUCCACCACCAUGAAGAAAGGGGACUCUGGUAAUCAGAGUCUGGAUAAAGUAUGGCCUCUGCACUGCAUGUCUGGCAGCAAUUAUGGCAGCAAAGGGAAGAGGAUUAAGGUACUAUCCCAUCCAGGGGUUCCAUUAGUGGGAUUGAUGUUGUUGGCCACCCUCCCUUUUGGAGCAAGCAUCAAACAAACUGUGCCCAGGGUCAAACUCAGCCAAAAUGAGCUGCUGAAAGCUGGCAGUGUAUCGCUGCUUAUGGAACCCUCCGAUGGCCUCCACUCCCACUCGCUGCUGCUGGACGAGGAGAGAGGUCGUCUUCUGUUGGGAGCCAAGGAUCACAUCUACCUGUUUGACCUUGACAAUCCAGCCAGAGCCCCCAGAAAGAUCCAUUGGCCUGCUCCCAGAGACCGAGUGGAUAUGUGCAAACUGGCAGGAAAAAAUGCAAAUUUGGAGUGUGCCAACUUUAUAAGGGUUCUCCACAACUACAAUCGCACACAUUUAUAUGCCUGCGGGACCGGAUCCUUCCACCCCAACUGUGCUUUCAUCGAGGUCACAGGCCACAGAGGGGACGGCGUCUUCCAACUGCUGUCUAGUACAGUCGAGUCUGGCAGAUUGAAAUGUCCCUUUGAUCCCUUGCAGCCAUUCACCUCAAUCCUCACAGAUCAGUACCUUUACGCAGGCACUUCAUCCGACUUCCUGGGCAAGGACACAGCGUUCACACGCUCCCUCGGGCCUCCACCUGACCAGCACUACAUACGCACAGACAUGUCUGAAGAAUACUGGAUCAAUGAGGCCAGGUUUAUAUCUGCUCAGCCUAUUGCAGACACCUACAAUCCAGAUGAUGACAAGAUAUACUUCUUCUUUCGCGAGGUGUCGUGGGAAGGAAACGACAAGAGCAUCCUGUCCCGGGUGGCUCGCGUGUGCAAGAACGAUGUGGGUGGGCUGAGGAGCCUGACCAAUAAAUGGACCACCUUCCUCAAAGCCAGACUUGUGUGUUCGAUCCCUGGAACAGACGGAGUGGACACCCACUUUGAUGAGCUCCAGGACAUCUUUCUGCUCCCUACCAGAGAUGAAAAAAACCCCAAAGUGUAUGCGGUCUUCACCACCUCCAGCUCCAUUUUUCGUGGGUCAGCAGUGUGUGUGUACAGCAUGGCGGACAUCAGAGCCGUGUUUAAUGGACCUUACGCACACAAGGAAGGGCCUGACCACCGAUGGGUGGAAUAUGAGGGAAGGAUACCGUAUCCGCGUCCCGGAACGUGUCCCAGCAGGACAUAUGACCCGAGGAUCAAGACCACGAAAGACUUUCCAGACGAGGUGGUCAGUUUCAUUCGAUUCCAUCCUCUUAUGUAUCACUCCGUCUACCCUCUGACUGGCCGACCCGUAUUCACACGUGUCCAAGUGGACUACACCCUUUCUCAGAUUGUGGUGGACAGAGUCCUGGCCGAGGAUGGACAAUAUGAAGUGAUGUUUCUGGGAACAGAUGUUGGCUCAAUUCUGAAGGUGGUGAGCAUCACCCAGGACAAUUGGUCAACAGAGGAAGUCAUUCUUGAAGAACUUCAAGUGUUCCAGGUUCCCUCUCCCAUCCUCAGUAUGGAGAUGUCUUCUAAAAAGCAACAGCUCUACGUGGGUUCGAGUGAAGGGCUAGCCCACGUUUCAGUCAGUAGAUGUCAACUGUACGGCCACGCCUGUGCUGAGUGCUGCCUGGCCCGAGACCCCUACUGCGCCUGGGACGGACACACUUGCUCACAAUUCGUCCCUGCAUCCAAGAGGCGAGCCAGAAGACAGGACAUCAAGCAUGGAGACCCUGCCAGUCAAUGCUGGGACACAGAGGACAGUCCUGUUGGGGGACGGUUGGAGGAGAGGGUCCUCUAUGGGGUGCAGAGCAACUCAACCUUCCUUGAGUGUAUCCCCAAAUCUCAACAGGCUCAGAUUCGGUGGUACAUUCAGAGAUUUGGAUCUGAACGCAAGGACGAGGUGAGGCUGGACGAUCGCGUGAUACGUACAGAUCGAGGGCUCCUGAUUCGCUCCCUCCAAACCUCUGAUGCUGGCGUGUACGUCUGUGUCGCUGAAGAGCACACGCACUUCACCCACACUCUCCUCCGACUCACGCUGCAACUUGUUACACAUGGACAAUUGGAUGCAAAGCCCAAGCCCAGUGAAGACCCGGCAAUGGACCCACGGCACGUCGUGGAGUCCCGCCAGCGUUACAAAGACUACCUGAGAGUGAUGAGCGCCCCCUUUGUGUCUCUGGAGGAGUACUGCGAUUCACUGUGGCUGGAGAAGAAGCCGUCCAGGGUGCGGGGACGAGGCUUAGGGGCUGGCAAAUGGAAACACAUGCAGGAAAUGAAGAAGAGCCGGAACAGGAGACAACAAGAGGAGCGAGGGAGAGUGGUGAGGACAGCAAAGCCGUGAGGGGUGUGGCCAGAAAAUAUUCAGGGUUAGCUCUCCAUAUUCACCGGCUGGAUGAAGAAGCAGAACAUGACACAGAACUGCAAAAUGAUCAACUGAAACAUACAGCUCAAAAGUUUAACAAGUAGCAAUUUUAAGUAGUAUUGGGCUAUGAAUAUGUCAUUCAAAGAAUCAGGCAGCACCUGUCCUGGAUGCUUAUUAAAUAAACACAAGAGACUGAAAAACAAUAGUUAUCGCAAUACUUGACAUCAGCCAUUCAUCGACAUGAUCGACCGGGGAGGAGGUAGGGGAGGAGGUCGCCCAAUAGUAUACAAUGACGGUUAAUAGAGGUGAUCAAUUGAUGAUAUUGAAACCUAUAUUUGAAUUGAUAAAAUGUAGAAGAAAAGUUUGCUUUUGGUGACGUCAAUGCAUUCAUGUUGAAUGACUGUAAAUAUUUGUAUACCAUGUACAGGAGAUAUAGAAUGCUCAAUUUAGUCUUGAUACUAAUCUGUUUAACUGUAAUCACUCACAUACUGCAUUUGGGCUGACAAAAUGACAAAAUGUCACUCCUACACUGUAGGUGUAGCUGUAGGUUUAAUCAUAAUUCCUGAUUUUGAAAGUUAUUUAAAUAAAUUUGUCACGGGCUUCUCUUCCCUUAAUGUUUUUUUCCGUCAUUGUGUGAAGAGAUGAAAUCAAUAUACAGACAAUAUGAUUUACGGUGAAAGUGCAGUUUAAUCAAGCAAACCGAAGACAUGGCAGAGAAUAGGUUUGGGUUAGUUCAGCUGAGAUCCUCCUGAUAUAGCAACUCCCUCUACACUGUAUGCAAAUGCCAGAAUGAUUCAGGGCCAGCUGCUCUCUCUCUAUCCCUCUUUGUAAAAGAGACAGAAUGUGGGCAUCUUCAGGAGAAACCAAGCUAAACAUAAAAGUUUUUAUCAAACUAAGCAAUUUACAGGUUUCCUAGAAUAAAUGAAUCUGUAUGAGUUUGACAUCUAGGUUAUGCAACCCAACGUGUGUGACCUGAAUGGUACUUUUAGCCAUUCAUAAUGACAUUGAUUAUAGCAACCACAGUGCGCGGAUGUAAUGCUGACAACAGUAAAGCAAAGAUUUCUCUCUGAAAGAUGUUCGUCAAGGGAAUCCUUUGUUUUUACAGACUUGUUAAAUCUAGCUGGAGUUCCUGAAAUACUGCAGGUUGUCAACAAGUACAAAUAUGUCUUAUUGGGCAAAUUCAGGGGUUGGCAAAUUAUGUUUUCUUGUUAUUAUAAAUAGUACUUUAUGUGUGUUUUUUAUCUGUCCAUUUGGUUUGGAGAUAAGCUCUCUGAGCUGUCAUGUGUAUUCAUUAACAUAUAAUUAAUGCACUAAAUGUCUUUGCCUGAAUGACUUCUUUAAUUUAACGGGUCAAAUGUAAAAUUCCGAUAUAUUGUUAUGGGAAAUUCUUAUAUGUAAGAAAAUGUUUACCUUUUUAAAAAUGUAGGCUAGUAACGGUUACUCAGUAAACAUUUUAAUUGGCCUACUUUUCUUCAAUUUCUUUUUACAUGUAACAUUUUACUUUUAACUAAAAUGUAUUAAAAAGAAUGCUAUUUUUACUUGAGCAAGGCACUCUUGUACUCUUUCCAACGUUCCCCGUACUGAUAAUAAAUC